AAACCAAUCUCUUCUCAGCUCAUGAGCUAACUAUUUCAAUUACAGCAAUGAUAGCAGUAGUCAUUGAAAAAUUGCCCAAGGAGUUCAGGGAAACCAGCCGUGGAACUCAAGAUAUCAAAGAUUUUGUGAUCGUGGAUGAAAAGUAAGAUUAUUACACACUGCCCAUCCCUCAUCCUUUUUUUUAUUCCAUCACCAUUUCAUUGUGCCGUUUGUACAUCACAUCAGGCUGAAACCAAUAAUAAUCACGCUCUGGAACAAGCAUGCCAUGACGAUUGAGGUAGAGAUAACGGAGCAACUGAUGGCGGGGAUGUACCCUAUAAUAUUAAUCGAAGCUGUUCCGGUGACCCCCUACAGAGGGAUUUCUUUGAGCACUCAUGCUGACUCGACCAUAACUCUCAGCCCAGAUACACCCCGUGCAACAGAACUAGGCAAUUGGGCUAUUAUUGAAAAUCGUGCUGCACUUGAUGGGCUAAAAAUCUGUAUGGAGUACACCAACGCUGCCUCAAAUUUGGCAGACCCAGAUAAGGAGACAAUAAUGGAAAUAGCAAAAGUACCUCCACAGAUUGAAGAGUCGAAGCCCGCAUGGAUUCAGGGCAAAAUAACUUUGGCCAUUGACAAUGAAAGUCUUUGGUACGUGGGAUGUAGCCGCUGCUCUAAGAGCGUUUAUGGCGGAUGUGACUAUAAGUUCCACUGCAUGACUUGUGGCGAACCAAACACUUUUGGGACUCCAAGGCCUAAGUUACGUGUCACAAUUGAAGACAAGACUGGUUGUCUCAAUGCCUCGGUGUUUGGCCGUUGUGCUGAGAAAUUGCUCCUAAUGACAAGUAAACAAAUCAUUGUGACAAAUGGCAUAGAUGCAAUUGAUUACUAAAUAAAAUUUGCAUCACAAUCUAUGUAGGGAAAAAAGGCAUCAUUUCAGUACGCCAACAAACGCUUGGUGAAUGAAGAUUAUAUAGUCCAAUCGAGAACAAACACAUACAAAUAUCAAGGCGUCUCCACAACAACUUAUACUGUGAACUCAUUGCAUGACUCUUCACACCACUUGACAAAGAAGACAUAAGAUAGUCCCACAAAUGACAUGGGCCCAAGUACCAGCACAACAGAACUGUCCCCCUCAAAUAAAUGUCAAAGGACCAAUUAGGGCCAUUCACAUCACAACAUCACUCCGCCCUGACAAGACACCAAUGCUUUAGUUUAUUGCAUAAAACCUAUGACAUUGUCUUUUGCUUAUCGUCAUUCCUUGCAUUUCACUCUUCCCUACAUUUCCUUCAGUUAACAUUUUCCUUUCCACGUGCACUUCAUCAGUGUUGCUAUAAUUUGCAUA